AUGUCUUCAGAACAGCCAGAGGCACCUGAGAAUGGUGGCGAGUCCCGACAGGACCUGGUGGACAGGAUGGUCGCCGCAGCCAAUGACGAGUCCGACGAUGCUCAGGACGCUAUGGAUGACUUUGUACUGCAGGGGAUGAGCGAGGAGGAUGCCCUUAAGGACCUUGCUGGAACUGUACGGGAUCAGAAUGACCUUGAGCGGGACAUCACCAUCCAGGCCAAUGCGGCUCUGGUGGAGGCCGAGGACAAGAGGGACCAGACCCGUAUUGAUAGGCUCGAAGCGUCGAGGCAGCGCCUCCAGCAGCAGUUGGACAAGGAGAAGAGGCAGCUGGAACAUUUCGCCAACAACCCUUACAAGUCACGUAAUAUCCAAAAGGCCAUCGACAAGCUGGAGUCGGAGAUUCGCCAGAUCAGCAACGACAUAUCCGACUUCCGGUCGCGCAUGAAAAAGCGCAACGAGGAGAAUCCGUUGGAGGACCAGGGCAAUAAAUCUAAGCGAAACCCCGGUGAGAGCCAGUACGAUUUUCUCGUUCGGACAGGCAAGAUCACGCCUUUUUCCAAGAUUGGUGGGCCCCGCCCGGCGGGUCUCGAAGGCAAUCUUGCUCAGACCAUGCUCGACGCGGAGGAAGAUGCUGCCGCAAAAGGUUUGGAGGUCCAAGAGGAGGGGCCGGUGUCCCACCAGCAGUUACGCCGGCCUGGUUUCUCCGAGGACGUGGAGAGGGAACUCACGCCCCCUCCCCCGUCUGCAUCAAGGAAAGAAGCAGCAGCAGCAGGGAGCGAGUUCUCCUUGCGUCCGAAAAAGAAGCAAAAGACACAGAGGGAACGCAGUCCGUCUGGAGACUUCAAGCCUUCUGACGAGGAUGACUCGGACUCCGAUGCCGACCGUGGUGUCUGGCAGCAGAGCACUGAGGAUGACCUGGUGCGCGAGCAGAAGCGCAAUGCGAAAUCAAAGGGAAGGAAGGGAAAGGAAGCUAGACAGGGCGCCAUCGACCUCGAGAAGAUCGACGAUGGAUAUGAGGCCAUGUACAGGAAACGACUCGCAGACUGGGUCGCCCGCCGGAGUAGAGCCAGGAGGGCUCGGAGACAGAGCGGCACCGCUAGUUCGGAGGCACAGGGGUACACCAGCGACCCGGAAGAGAAGGAGUGGCACAAACCCGCCCCAGACAAGCCGGACCAUGUCAUAGAUGAGGACAUUAAACUCCCCGGUGACAUUUAUUCGACGCUCUUCGGAUACCAGAGGACCGGUGUACAGUGGCUGGUUGAGCUCUACAAGCAGCAGGUUGGAGGCAUCGUCGGCGACGAGAUGGGCCUUGGCAAGACUGUCCAGCUCAUCGCACUCAUUGCUGCACUCCACUACAGCAAAAAACUCAGACGACCUGUUCUCAUCGUUGCUCCUGCAACCCUUCUCCGCCAAUGGGUUGCCGAGUUCCAUCGAUGGUGGCCACCGCUGCGGGUCUCCAUCCUGCACUCCUCGGGCAGCGGCAUGCUGGACCCGGAACGCGAAGACGCAUACGAUCUAGAUACCAUGAAACGAGGGUCCAAGGUGACUGGGAGGGCUGGCAGGGCGGUUCAGAGAAUCGUCGAUGGCGUGGUCAACAAUGGCCACGUCCUAGUCACGACCUACACGGGCCUGCAGGCAUAUGCCGACGUUCUGCAGCCGAUCGAGUGGGAGUACGCAGUUCUGGACGAGGGCCACAAGAUCCGCAACCCAAACGCCGAGAUAACUGUGACCUGCAAAGAGCUGUACACGAGAAACCGAAUCAUUCUAUCGGGGACACCGGUCCAGAACAACCUGACCGAGUUGUGGUCCUUGUUCGACUUCAUCUCUCCGAUGCGUCUCGGAAACCUGAUGGAGUUCAGGGAGCAGUUUGAGAUUCCCAUCAAGCAAGGUGGAUAUGCCAACGCCUCCAACUUUCAGGUUGUGCAGGCGGAGCAGCGCGCUGAGAUUCUCAAAAACUCCAUCAGCAAGUAUCUUCUGCAGCGACUCAAGGUGGAUGUGGCUGCCGAUCUUCCCGAGAAGACGGAGCAGGUGCUCUUCUGCAAGCUCACUGAUGGACAGCGGAGGGCGUAUGAAACGUUUCUCAAGUCAGACGAAGUGUCAGCCAUCCUCGACAAGAGGCGCCAGGCCUUGUACGGCGUCGACAUACUGCGCAAGAUCUGCAACCACCCGGACCUUCUAGACAAGAGUCUGAGCUCCAAGGCUGGCCACCAGUAUGGCAGCCCUCGUCUUUCAGCCAAGCUGCAGCUCACCAAAGACCUGCUGCAAAAGGUCAUGAUACCAAACGGCCACAAGGCGCUUCUAUUCUCCCAGGGAAAGCUCAUGUUAGAAAUUAUCGAGAAGUGCAUCAAGGAAUGUGGCAUCCGGUACCUACGCAUGGAUGGAGACACCCCGAUCGACCAACGACAGCCCAUGAUUGACCAGUUCAACGGCAAUUCUGAUAUUCACGUCUUCCUCAUGACGACACGAACCGGAGGUCUGGGGACAAAUCUGACGGGCGCGGAUCGCAUCAUCAUAUUCGACCCCGAUUGGAACCCCUCGACCGAUUUGCAGGCCCGCGAGCGUGCUUGGAGAUUGGGACAGGUCAGACCUGUCAAGAUCUAUCGUCUCAUGACGGAAGGAACAAUCGAGGAGAAGAUCUACCACCGCCAGAUCUUCAAGCAGUUCAUGACCAACAAGGUUCUCAAGGAUCCCAAGCAGCGCAGUUCAUACGAUCUGUCGGAUCUGUAUGAUCUGUUUAGCUUCACGCCAGGUGACGCGGCUGGUGGACAGCGGAGCGCUCUCUUCAAAGGAGCAGAAGUCGACAUCGACAAGGCCGGGCAACAACAAGAAGACAAUGUAAACCAGGAUAAUGAGCAGAACGAGCUCCAGAAGAUGGGCGGCGUCACAUCGAUGGAGGAAUUCAAAGAGGAUAAGUCGGCGCACGAAGAGAAGCGUAUGCUCCAAGGCAUCUUUGCACGGUCCGUCGGCAGCGCCUACGAUCACGAGCAGAUUGUCAACGGGCCCAAGACAGCCGAGCCCGACGUCGAUGCCCUGCGGAGGGCGGCCAAGGAAGACAGCCGCUCAGCCGCAGCACACCUCCAGCGCGCCGGCCAGGAAGCCGACCGUGUCCCCAUCGGCACCUUGACCUGGACAGGCGAGGUGGGUCGACGUCCCGGAGUUGGAGGCCGACGUCGCGGAGCACCCAGCUCGGCGGGCGUCAUGAACAGGCUUGCCGAUCGUCAGGGGCUGAACAACGCCACAGGAGGCGCAGCAGGCUCCAGUGGCAGCAGGAACAUGAAGGCCGAGGACUUUAUGCCCAUGAUCCGGACCUUUAUCACUCGGCAAGGCGGCAAGGCAGUGACCAAGAUGCUGGUUGAUCACUUUGGACCUUACUGUCAGGGCGAGAAGCAAAAUGACGAGUUCCGCAAGGCGCUUGAGACGGUGGCCGAGAUUACCCAGCGCGGAAGUUAUGGGAGAUCCAUGUGGUCGUUAAAGAAGAAGAUGAUGAAAGCGACGACAACAUGA